AUGAAUUUUAAACAAUUCUGGACUUUCAAUAUUCAAGCCGCACCACCUGAGCAGCAGUCUUCGCAAGAAGCGCAAGCGGAAUUGGUGGAUCAACAGAAGGAAUUGAGAGAUUUUUGUGAUAAAAAACGUAAAAUCUAUAGACUCUAUGAAACUCUACAAAAAUGCAAUAAACGUGUCAAUAGUCGUCAACAAACAAGGGAAACCUGUGAGCAGGAGCUAUUCGAUUAUGUUCAAGCACUCGAUCAUUGUGUGGCCAAAAUGUUGUUCCCCCAAUUGGUUUAGGAUUAUGAAAUAUAAAUAAAACGGUUUCUUUGAAAUUGGUGCCUAUAAAAAUAUGUAAUAACAUUUUGCAAGAAAUUGUUUUCUGCAAAAAAUGAUAACGUUUAUAGAAAAACAUGAUUAUUGGUUGUUGACUUGUGUGGCUGCUGAUGGCUGUUACAAGGUGUAUUAUUAUUAAUUUUUUUUUUGGUUCUCUAUUUUUUUCUACAAUUAUUUGGUGGGCUGACAUGAUUCUUGUCAGCUCAUAAAAAUGGCCAUUAUUAAAACAAUUUA